UAGACAUGAACGCACUAUAUAUAGUACAUAAAAUUGAAAAAUUAACUUGUUUACGUUUAGGUGUUGCUAGUUGAAAGUGGUGGUUUAUUGCUCAUCUUUGGGAAUUAUGGCGGACGAAGCAAAGAAUGAAAAGCCUCAAGAGAAAAAACCUGCACCUGCAGCUGAAAAAGUUGAAGUUGUAUUGGAUUAUGAAGCUUUGAAACAUUUGGAUAUUGCAAAAGAUCAAUUGAAAAUGCUUAAGCAAAUUUUUGACUCGUUUGACUUGGACAAAAAAGGAGAAAUCGGCGUUGAUAUGAUUGGACAAAUUUUGGAUAUGUUAGGUCAUCAAUUGAAUCCUGACGAACUCGCUAAAAUUAUCAAAGAAAUUGAUGAAGAUGGAAAUGGAGUAAUGAGUUUUGAAGAGUUUGCUCAUCUAGCUGCGAGAUUCCUGGUUGAAGAAGAGGAAGACGUUGAGGCUAUCCUGAGAGAACUCAAGGACGCGUUUAGGUUAUAUGACAAAGAGGGUCUUGGCUAUAUUACUGUGGAUUUGUUAAGAGACAUUCUAAAAGAAUUAGAUGAUAAACUUACUCCCGCAGAUUUAAAUGAAAUGAUCAAGGAAAUCGAUACGGAUAAUUCUGGAACUGUUGAUUGGGAAGAAUUUAAAGCCAUGAUGAUUGGUUAACUUGAUUGCUAUGAAUCUAUAAUGAAAUUUAUCCGGAUGUAGCGUAGUUUCUUAGAUAUAAGACUGACAAAUUAUAUUUUUUCAAAUUGAAAAUGAAUAUUUUUAAUAUACCUACAAAAUUAAGUACAGUGGAAAAAAAUUUU